AUGUCGCUGCACGGGAAGCGGAAGGAGAUCUACAAAUAUGAGGCGCCCUGGACCGUGUACGCCAUGAACUGGAGCGUCCGACCGGACAAGCGGUUCCGUCUGGCGCUGGGCAGCUUCGUGGAGGAGUAUAACAACAAGGUGCAGCUUGUUGGUUUGGAUGAAGAGAGCUCAGAAUUCAUUUGCAGGAACACCUUUGAUCACCCUUAUCCUACCACAAAGCUUAUGUGGAUUCCAGACACCAAGGGAGUGUAUCCAGACCUGUUGGCAACCAGUGGUGACUAUCUGCGAGUGUGGAGAGUGGGUGAAACAGAGACCAGGCUGGAGUGUUUGCUGAACAAUAACAAGAACUCUGAUUUCUGUGCUCCACUAACAUCAUUUGACUGGAAUGAAGUGGAUCCUUACCUUCUAGGUACCUCUAGUAUUGACACAACCUGCACUAUUUGGGGUCUGGAGACAGGACAGGUUCUGGGAAGGGUAAAUCUGGUCUCUGGCCAUGUGAAGACCCAACUUAUUGCACAUGACAAAGAGGUGUAUGACAUCGCCUUCAGCCGCGCAGGUGGCGGCAGAGAUAUGUUUGCUUCAGUGGGUGCAGAUGGCUCGGUGAGGAUGUUUGAUCUUCGUCAUCUGGAGCACAGCACCAUCAUUUAUGAGGACCCACAGCACCAUCCUCUGCUGCGUCUCUGCUGGAAUAAGCAGGAUCCCAACUAUCUUGCUACAAUGGCCAUGGAUGGCAUGGAGGUUGUGAUUCUAGAUGUCAGAGUUCCCUGCACUCCUGUUGCCAGGUUAAACAACCACAGAGCCUGUGUAAAUGGAAUUGCUUGGGCACCUCAUUCUUCCUGCCACAUUUGUACAGCAGCUGAUGACCAUCAGGCUCUCAUCUGGGAUAUCCAGCAAAUGCCCCGUGCCAUUGAGGACCCUAUCUUGGCCUAUACAGCAGAGGGAGAAAUCAACAAUGUACAGUGGGCAUCAACUCAGCCAGACUGGAUAGCUAUCUGCUACAACAACUGCCUGGAGAUUUUGAGAGUCUAACAUUACUGCUUCGUGCCACCCUGAGG